AUGCUAGAUGCUUCUCAAGAUAUUGACUAUUUCAUAGAACGUCAGAGAUCCAAACUUAACAAAGAACCUAAUCGGCAACAAGUAAAUCGACAACAAACAAAUCGACAACGAUUAGCAGCGCCACCAGCGCCGCCCCCACCUCCUCGUCAACCUCCAACUUUACCAUCCACUAAUUUGGAUGAUCGAUUAGACUUCAAAGUUGCUCGCAUUUUAAACGAACCACCACCUCGUAAUCAAUCUAGACAAACUUAUAUUCCUCCUUCACCACGUCCAAUCGCUACUAGUCCUUAUCCAGAAUCACAAUCAACCUCGUACGAUUUUGAACAACAACCACGUCAUGUUGAAAACGACGCUCGUAAUAAUACUAAUAAUAAUCAGUUCGGUUUUUUUGAUCGAUUUGGAGCGCAUGCAGAAAAACGUGCGCAACUCAAAGAUGAUUUAAAACGUGAAUAUAAUGACUUUUUACGGUCUCAACAUGGUCCAAAACAUAAAUCCACGUCACAACCUGUUUCCACGCGUGAAAAGACAACUCGACGUGUACAAUUUGCAGAAAAUGGAAAGGUUGUUGCACCAUGGGAGAAAAAUGGUGACAAAAAAACGACUAAUGUUUCAAAUGUAAAUGAUAUAUUUUCAUCAUCGACAACUACAACAGAAUAUACAACAAAUCGAGCACGAUCACGUUUGUCAGAAGUUCAUGAUGAACAAUAUAUUCGUGAUCGUGAAGAAUAUAUUUUAGAAUUAUAUGAACAAAUACGUGAAUUAGAAGCAAGAAGAAGACAAUUAGAAUUAGAAAGUAGUAAAUUAUCUGCUGGCAAUUCAUCAAGUGUUACUCGUGCACAUUAUACUGAAGAUUUAAAUGCAUUAAAUUCAUUACUUGCCGAACGAUUAAAUCAGCGUAGUGCAAUUGAUCAUGAACUUGCUCGAAUUCUUAAUCGACCACCAGUUUCUUCAAGUUCAGCAAGUGUUAUUACAGGUGGUGGGCCUAAUUUAAAUAUAUCAUUUGAUUCAAUGAAUGAUUCAUCACCACAGAGAAAUCAACAACAAAAUCGUAAUGAUAAUCGAUCAAAACGAAAUAAUGAUGAUGGCUUUCAAAUAGGCCAUGACAAGGAUAAAGAAACAGAACAAGCAGCUAAGAAACGUUAUCAACAAGAGCUUCUGUCACAAAUGCGUGAAGCAAAAAUGAGAAAAGCACAAGCUAAACAGGAAAAAGAUGAAUAUGAAAGAAAAUUAGAAGUUGAAAUAAAUCGUUACAAUUAUUUUGGUCGUAGUGGUGGUGGUGCACCAAUGCGUGAUAAAGAUGGUAAUGUCGUAGCGAAUUUAGGUGAUCUAAGAAAUCCGCAACAACAACAACAACAACAAUAUAUAUCACCUCAAGGACAGCAACCGUACACAGCUAUUGAUGAUAAGAUAUAUUCGUUAGGUGCUGGCCCAAGUUCAAUAACUAACGCACCUUUCUAUAACGGAGACAAGCAAAAUCCAUCAAACUCGGAUCGUUCUGGUUCACCCAAUCAUGCUCGUGGUGCUGUUAGCAAUGGUAUAUUUGGUACAAUUAAAACAGACGAGCAGUUGGUUCGUGAAGAAAGAUAUAAACAAGAUUUAAAAAGACAAAUCGACGAAAAACGUCAACGAAAUGCGGAAGAAUUAACUCGACGUCGAGCUGACGAAGAACGUGAAAUUGCUAAACAUAUUGAAUGGCAACAGCAAGUGGAAAAGCAAACAGCUGAAGAAGCAUCAAGAAAACAAGAAAAAGAAGCACAAGAGCGUCAACAUCAACAACGUCUACAAGAAGAAUUAGGGCGGCAAAAACAACAAGAAGAAAUUGCGAUAAAACGAAAAUCAAAACGACCAGAAAAAUCUAAAUUACUGAGUGACGAUAAUAAUGAAGCCGAUAGACAAAAUACUUAUGAUGAACAGCAAUCAGAUGAACCCGUUUAUCGAAGUUCAUCACCACCUGUGCCAACAAUAAAAAACAAAGAUAAAAAACAAAAAUCAAAUCAUAAUGUUGUAAGACAUCAGUCGUUUGAUGAUGAAAAUCAAGAACAAUUACCACCUAUCAUUGAUGACAAUGAAUUGAUUCAACCACCAAUCGAUGAUGAUGAUGAUGGACAUGUUCCAGACACUUAUCGAAAACCACCAACACCAAAACAACCAGAUGUACCACCCGCUCGAAAAAAGCCACCGCAAACACAUCGACCUCGUCUUCAAGCAAACUUCAAUAAUAAUGGUCCAUUUCGAACAAAUUCAACUGCUUCUCUUCGAUCUGAUGGAUCCGAUUCCGAGGUACUUAACCGUCUGGAACAUUUGAAACGACAGUUAAAAGAUAAAGAAGCACGCCUUCAACAACAUUCUAAAUCUCAAGCAGCUCUUUUAUCCGAUAUAGAAGAACAAACAGCAGUUUCCUACAGGCCACCAUCACUGCCCCAUCCACAACGUAAACAAAGUCCAGGAUAUAUGCGUCAUACAGCACAGUUUCCUUAUCAAACUGUGCCAUCAGCACAUGACAAAUUACUUCGUGUUCUUCAAACAGAUGACGAUGAUGAAUUUAAACCAAGCUAUUUCCGUGAUGAUUCUAUUUUAAUGCGUGGUGGUGGUGGUGGAGGUGGAGGACUUACUGGUGGAGAGUAUAUUUCACCAUCGAAACGUGUUGAUUUGGUUGAUGGAAUCUUUGUUACAAAUAUUGAAGAUACUGCUAGACGAAGACGAGACCGAUAUGAUUUUGAUCCACCUGGAUUCUAUGAUCGAGAUGAUCCAACAAAUAUGGCUAAUCUUGAAUUGAAUAGAAUUGCCGAACAAAAUGAACAUCGUUUAAAAAAAUUACGUGAACUUGAAAAAGAUGAUACAUCUUUGUUAGAUAGUAAUGAAGUUCUUGAACGCUUUCAACAAAAACAACGGUUACAACGGCGUGGCAGUCAAACAACUCUGCAAGAUGAUGCAUGGCUUAAAUAA